AUGUCGUCGGUCACUUCAACGUCCCAGGCUUCGGUAUCUGAGGCACGUAUACUCGUACAGGGUCUCACUAGACAAGGCACACCCGAGGAUGAAGUCCAACAAAAGUUAGACAAGACCAUCAGAACGAUCAAGACCUAUCUCUCAAGCCGCCAUCGGGAAUCCCAUUUUGACCUUCCACUCGAUCACGAACUGAUACACUCCAGACAGAUCACGCAGCUUCUUGACAACGCUGGAGCGAGAUACUACUUCGAGGAAGAUUAUCUGUUUAUUUAUGCAAUGACUUCUUGUAUCCAUGAAGCCUUGGGGACAUUUGGGAGUUGGUCCUUCCAGAGACUGCAGAACGAGAUCCUUACGCCGGAAGAAGCCAGAGGUCUCCGGCUUGGAACUCCCUCACUGUAUCUUGAUGGUAAAAUCAAAGAAAAAGGCACCAAGUAUCAGGCAUUAAGGAAGUCCCCUGACCUAUCAUUUCUUUUCUCUGACUUACGGACAUACCGUCGCUAUCGUACUGUUAUCUUUGAAUCGGCAUUCAGUGAAACAUAUGACGAUCUUAUACUUGAUAUGAAGCAAUGGCUGCUCCAUGGUCGUGGCCAAGUUCAGCUUGUUAUCCUGGCAGAUUUCAAUGAGGAUAAGAAACAGCUGCGGAACCACCAGAAGACUAACGCAUUCAGAACCCGUGCUGCUAAGAUUCUGAAAGACUUCGGGAACCCGCUUGGACAAAGUAAACAUUCCGCUAUUCUGUCACUGGCGGCACGUAACGAUGUUCACCAAGACCGAGCAACAGAGAUCCCCAGCACCCCGGCUAAGGAACUUGAUUAUGAUAUUGUUGAUGUUGUAAAGGUCGAGGAUUGGAUUGGUCCAAUUACCGCCGAUUUGGAAUUUUGGGUGCUAAAGGACUCUAAACCUUACAGAAGAGGCCGUGCUCGAGUGUUCCCUGAGCUCACCGGAGGUUUACCUCCUAUCUACGCUGGCGAUGUAAUCCCUUUACGCUGCCAUGAUAGCUUUCCAAACUUCGAUGCGUCACGAAAGUUCUACCUGGACCUCGAAGAGUUUCGAUGUCAUUUGGUUGAAGGAAUUCGAGAUGAUGCUGUUGAUCGCGCAUAUCAAUUUGCAUGCCCAAACAGUCGGGAUGAAAAAGAUGGGGAUUAUCAGGAAUAG